GGAUUAAUUUCACUCUAAUACUAAAAUUGCAGAACAAGUGGAAUAAUGGGUAUCUGCAUAUCCGUUGCAGAAGAAGCUCAUGAUGAUGAUAAUGUGACAAUAUUUGAAGCAAGAAAGGUUCUAAAUGGGAGUCAGAGACUUUGCUCUGUUUACUCCAAACAGGGUAGCAAAGGACUCAACCAAGAUGCUGCCUCUGUUCAUGAGGGUUAUGGGAUGGAGGAUGGAACAUUUUGUGGAGUUUAUGAUGGGCAUGGAGGGAAUGGACACAAAGUGAGCAAAAUAGUAAGCAGUCGUUUAUCUUCCCUCAUACUGGACCAAAAGAAUGUUCUUGAAAGGAUUGAUGAGAUAGAAAAUGGUUACAACAACACCACAAAAAAGCAUGUUAACUCAGUGAAAGAGGAAUUGCCUGCAAGGAACUUUCAGAAAUGGAAAGAAGCAAUUGUUAGUGCUUUCAAGGUGAUGGACAAGGAGGUGAAGCUUCAAAAGAAUCUAGACUGCUUUAGCAGUGGAACCACAGCUGUAGUUAUCAUAAAACAGGGUGAAGGUCUUGUCAUAGCUAAUCUGGGUGACUCAAGAGCAGUGUUGGGAACAAUCUAUGAUGAAAAACUCGUAGCCAUUCAAUUGACCACUGAUUUGAAACCUGAAUUACCUCGAGAAGCAGAAAGAAUAAGGAGGUGCAAUGGUUGUGUGUGUGGGUCGAAUGAAGAACCAGAUAUCCAGAGAGUGUGGAUGCCCAACAAUGAAAAUUCACCUGGCCUAGCCAUGUCUCGAUCUUUGGGAGAUUUCCUGCUCAAAGAUCACGGUGUCAUCGCCAUCCCUGAUGUUUCCUAUCACCCUCUAACAUCAACUGACCAAUUCAUUGUUCUUGCAAGUGAUGGGGUGUGGGAUGUACUAAGCAACAAUGAGGUUGCAUCAAUUGUGUGGAGUGUAGACAGUGAAGAGGCAGCAGCAAUGGCAGUAGUGGAAGCAGCCACUGCUGCAUGGAAUGAGAAGUAUCCUUCCUAUAUGGCAGAUGACUGCACCGUGGUUUGCCUCUUCCUGCACAAGAAAUCACAACUUACUAACUUAAGUGCCCCUUAACUUAUAUUCUAGACAUAAAAGCCUUGCUAGUUGCCUCAAAUGAUGCAUUGUAAUACGGCCACAAUUAUGCUUAUUGAGAACUAGGAUUCAUUGUUAGUUGCUUCUUCCUGAAUCUGAAGUUGAUGUUGAAUUAAAGCAAACUUCUGCAUUUGACAUAAAAGCCUUGCUAGUUGCCUCUUCCUGCAGAAUACAAUUGAUUUUAAAAUAUAAUUUAUGUUUUAGAUGUUCUUAUUUUAAAAGAAAUUCCCAAUGUAUAAUUUUUUUAGUCAAAUGCAGAAGUUUGCUUUAAUUCGAUCAACAUCAACUUUAGAUUCAAACUCAACUUAACAAGAAAAACAAAAUGUGAAUAUUCACCUAAAGUCAUAAAGUUAUACUAACUGAUAUUUCAA